CCUAUUCGAUCGGCAAUGAAAUAAACACACUUCUUUUAUUCGCCUUAUCGUUCACCGUCUCGUUUGUGGUUGUAUAUCAGUAUCGUGAAGACGACCGGUGUAAAAUAGUACACCUCCACAUGCUUGUUGCGGUAUAAUUACGUUUAAUUCGUUCAAUUGCUCAUUCAUGCCUGACCGCAAGUGUUCAAAUGGUUCGUCCCGACAGUGGCAGCCAGUAGCAGUGCAAAAGCAAAAUUAAAGUGUAAAACCGAAAGCCACUGAGAGACUGCCGCCUCAAACGCACAUCCAUCAAGAAUCGCCAACGCGAAAAUUACAGCAUGGCAAUGAAACUAUUCCCGAACAGUUCACCGGCGCUGCGGAAUUUCAAUAAAUAUCUUCGGAAGAAUGUGAAAGACCAGUCCGCCAGUAUACUUCGCCUCUGGGCAACACAGUGUGAAUUCCUGUUUGCACAGCAACUACGGCGAAGCCAGCAGAUAUUUGCUCACUACGCUAAAAUUUGGGAGGAACGGGCGCUCCGUGAAUUGCUGAGGCGAGUCCGUGGUCAGGUGCAGCGACACGCCAAGGGAUUCAUUGUUUCAUCGGCCGCACUGCUUUCAUUCGAUUGGGAGCGUGAAAGGAUCGAGCUGGAUUCGGUGCAGGAACAUUUGGACGAUUUUCAGUUUCUCGAGCGUCUGCAGACGGAAACGAUAUUCUGCAAGCAAUGUGCAAAGCGGAGGCUUUUCGAUAGCAGAGUGGAUGGAAUAAGCUAUUGCAGCUGUCCGAGAAACGUAACGGAAAUGCUGUCCGUCGAGCAGAAUGCCUACACUGCCUGGGAGCCGUACAUUGAGCAGGAACGCAUGAUAACCUGGCGCCAGGAAAUAAAGCCCGGACUUUAUGCUUACAAAGUGUAUGUCGAGUAUCCCGACGUGACGGCCGAAGAUUUUCUCCACGUUCAGAUCGAUGUAGAAUAUCGAAAAAAGUGGGACAAUACGGCAGUCAACCUGGAAGUCAUCGAUGAGGAUUCUGUCAAGGGAUCAAACAGCCACGUUAUCUACUGGGAAGCUUUAUGGCCGAAGUUAUUUGCCAACCGCGACUACGUCUACAAUAGACGCUUCUUCGUUGAUCGCAACCGUCGAGUUAUAAUGAUCGUCAACAAGAGCGUGGAACAUCCAAAGUGUCCUACGAAAGCGCAUACCCAGCGUGUGCACGAGUACUGGAGCUACAUGGUUAUCAAACCUACUACCAGCUUCAACAAACCUGGCGUUUCCUUCGUUCUGACGUACUUUGACAAUCCUGGCCUAUCGAUACCGAAGUACAUUACCACCUGGGUGGCCAAGAAGCAAAUGCCCGACUUCUUGCAGCAACUACACCAGGCGACGGUGAAUUAUGCGAAAGCUAAAAAGCAGAACGAAACUCGCAUUAUUCAGUUUUGGGACAAACACAAGGAUCCUGGGUUUGAGUAUCCGCCCGACACGCUACUCGGAUAUAGUGCCGAGGAUUUCACGGAGGCACAAAAGCAAGAGGAAGAAUCUAGUCUACAGCAAGCCAACAAUAAUCCUUCGGUUGGAUCAACGAAUGCAGCUCUCGAAGCAGGAGGAGCAAAGUCCAAAUUAAGUCAGCAACUGUUUAUCGAUACGAAAAGCAAACCAAGCGAGACAACAACGGAACCAAACGACUGUACACCGGAAGAAUGUACGCCGAAAAAGAAAUCAUCUUGGUUGAGCUACCUGUAUUCCUACAUCUAUUUCGUCUGAAUUGCGCAAUCAAACUCAUCGGUAUCUUUUGCACUCUAUUAGAGUAGGAAGUUAAGUUUAGGCAGCAAAAGUAAAAACCCAAGACACGUCCACAUUUUGGUUUGACGGAAGUUUAUAUAAAACAAACCACCAAUCCAUCUAUCAAACAAGUUUUUCUGCAAACUGUAACUAUUCAGCGCACGAUUAAACUCGAUGAGAAAAGCUACUUGCAUAAAAAUACUGGAGAAGUUAUUUAAUUAGGCAAGGGACCCUUGUAUGUCCCGUAGAAUCGUAAAGUACCUUAGUAGUAAAGUUUUCAUACGGUUAAAUAAGAGCAGCGUGUCGGUAGCGGCGCCUUGAAGGAGAAAACGAAAGCAAUGCAAUAUUAUUUUUAUUAUAGUUGUUAUUUUUACUUCCUUUUAAUAUCAGUAGACGAAUUAAGUUUCGCGUUACGAUACUGUUAAAUGUGUCUACUAUUAACCCGUACUAUUGUUAGCGUGGAAUACAAAUGUGUUUUUU